CCAGCGACUUCCGGUUAAAUUUAUUUUGAAUUUCGGGAAAGCUGCACCGUGAAAUCGGCAGAUAUGUCCACGCUGUUCCCUUCUCUCUUCCCCCGGAUAACUGAGACCCUGUGGUUCAACCUGGAUCGACCCUGCGUGGACGAGACCGAGUUGCACCAGCAGGAACAGCAGCACCAAACCUGGUUGCAGAGCAUUGCAGAAAAGGACAACAACUUGAUGCCAAUUGGGAAACCUAUUUUUGAGGGAGGAUAUGAAGAGGAGGACGAGGAAGAUGACGAGGAUGAGGAGGACAGUGAGGAAGAUUCUGAAGAUGAAGAAGACAUGCAGGACAUGGAUGAGAUGAAUGACUACAAUGAGUCUCCUGAUGAUGGCGAGAUCAACGAGGUGGACAUGGAGGGAGCAGAGCAAGACCAAGAUCAAUGGAUGAUUUGAGGCAAAAGACAAUUUUAGUUUCCAUCAAGCUCUCUGGUGCUGGAUACCUGCUCGUAGAAUAUGACUGCUGCUCCUUGGAACAUAAUAUUCAGAUAGAUGUUGAGUAAAAGUGUCCCCUGACAAGCAGCAGUCGCUGAAAUGCUAUGGAUGUCAUUGGACAUAGGUGUGAGCUUCUCUUAAAUAAGAUUCUGUAAAAUGAGCGCAUGGCUGUACGGUAUGGAAAUGCCACUGUGUACAUUUUUUGUGGCCAACUGUGGAGCUGGUAAAUACAUGUCACCUUUCAGGUGAGUCACAGCAGUUACACAUUGUGUUUUACAGGAACUGUUUAAAAACACUCAUAAACUGUUGUUUUAUAGCUAGUCAGGUACACAACCACUCAGUGACAUUAUUCCAUUGACCUGUCAUUUCAGCUUUGACCGCAUAUCUUCAGUCAUGUGUCACAUUCCAACCUUCCAAACAGCUUAUUGAGCACACACUGCAGUACAGUCAGCUAAAUAUUUUUUUUACUAAUUAAGGACACUUACAAACCUUAACCACAAAGUCCAAUUCUGUCUCACAGCUUAUGGACUUUAUAACAAGUAGAAAUCAUAGUGUUUUUGUGAACACUGCCGUAGUUCAUUAACAGUGAAGAAUUUCAAUUGAAAUACUAAUACACACACAGCGGCCAUCCAAGUUGUCUCAUGUUUGUCUCAAAAAGUAUUGUUUACAAGGCGUUGAUUGUACUGAAAAAAGAGGCCUUGACUGUUUUUUUAUUAAAGUAACUUAUUUUCAUGAAA